UACAAGGAACUCCGAAUCACAGGCAGCAACAUGGGAAAUCCAAUACAGUCAAGGCGGAACUAGUCCUAUUUGACAGAACUGACUUUGGCUUGAUAGUCGCGGGCAUGUGAGCUUAAGCUACUAGAUGAUUUACGUUCUCCUGAGACGUUGAUCGAACACGUGAAUUUCAAGUACCUAAAGAUUUUGGGUCGUCAUGAACAUAAAUAGCAAGCAUGCAAAGUGAUAGACGGCAUUACGGUUUCAUUGCGAUCAUAAACACACAUUGGCAAAACUGUAUUUCAGUGGUUCACCGCUAACUCUUAGUGACCUUCGUUCCAGUCUGAACCAAUAAUCUUAACCCUAAGAAACUGUGGCUCACGUACCUCGACUCACAGGAGACCUAACGCGACUAGAUCAACUUCAUCGGGUAUCGGGUAACCACUGGCUGCAGUACAUGCAUGAAGCGUCAAAACAGUGGGUAGUCCGCUACUUUUCCACCGAUCCGACCCAACUAACAUGUGUUUUUUGCUUUCUAGAACUUUCCAGUCUGUAUUCUAGACGCUGAAUUAAUCAUGGAUCGUCGAGAGCUGGUGGGAAGCCACGCCAACAGCCUAGUCCCAAUCUCUAAUAUCGGCAGUGUGGGGUCCACAGCCACCUUCAGUAGUACUCCUCGCCUCACCCACACCCCGACUUCAGCCGACUUCCAACCACCUUACUUUCCGCCCCCUUAUAAUCUGCCACAACAACACUUGGACUUCCAUCACCCACACGUCAACGCUGAUCCUUACACCCACUUAAAUAGUCUUGCAGUCGCUCAACACCCCCAACAGUAUCAUCAACUUCACACUCCACAACGGACGCACAAUGUUUUCGGGACUCGAAGGGAGGACGAUCUUCUCCACCUACAGACCAACGUCCACUCGGGACUCGCUGCGUCCUACGAUCUAGCACGCCGAGGAGAUUCUGCCUACUCCAAUGUCCGGCGUCCAGAAGUUGCCAUGCUCGGAGGUCACCACGGUCUAAGCGAACAAGAUCUGAUCAAUCUUCAUAAUGUAGGGGCUUUACCAGCCACCAUUGAAGACAGUCAGGCUGUAGGAGUUGAAGAUGCUACCAAUAUAUUUGGAGGAGACCAUAAUAAUGUCAUAAGAAAAGGAUCGUCACUUCAAACAGGAAUCAAAUCAAGACACAGUGACAACUACAGAGAAAUGGUCAUUACAGGUGUCAGCUCACCCUCGGAUGUGUUCUGUUCAGUGCCAGGCCGCUUGUCCUUACUUAGCUCCACGUCUAAGUACAAAGUGACCAUAGGGGAGAUCCAACGCCGACUAUCCCCACCGGAGUGCCUCAAUGCCUCGUUAUUAGGAGGAGUUCUGAGAAGAGCUAAGUCUAAAAAUGGAGGAAGAACGCUUCGUGACAAACUCGAGAAGAUAGGUUUAAACCUUCCAGCUGGACGACGGAAGGCUGCAAAUGUCACUCUUCUUACAUCACUUGUAGAAGGUGAAUCUAUCCACUUGGCACGAGAUUUUGGGUACAUAUGCGAGACGGAGUUUCCUUCCCGUCAGGUGGCAGAGUAUUUAUGUCGAAAUCAUGCUGAUCCAACUGACAUGUACAGAAGAAAAGAACUUCUGUUAGCUACAAAACAAACAAUAAAAGAGUUUAUUGACCUCCUAAAUCAAGACAGGUCUCCUUUGUGCAAUACUAGGCCUCAAAUAAUCUUGGAUCCCAACGUCCAACGCCACCUGACGCAUUUUUCGCUCAUUACUCACGGGUUCGGCAGUCCCGCGGUGGUAGCCGCUCUCACAGCAGUUCAAAACUUCCUCUCCGAAUCUCUAAAAUACAUAGAGAAACAAAUGAACAACUAUCAAACGUCAACUGUACCUCGUUUAACCUCUGCUGGUAAUGGAAUAGAAACCAAAAAAGAAGAGAAGAAAUAAAGAUGACCGGGUCUUGGAGGAUAUCGGAGCUUCCAAAUGCUCAAAAAAAUAUAUUAUAAAAAAUAUUGCCUAGUUGUUACAAUGUCAAUAUCAUUCAUACAGUUUAUCAGAACAGAAAUUGUAAAACACAGACGUAUAUAUAUGAUUGGUGGAAAACAAAAGGGAGGAGGGGGAACGGGAAGACCAAAUUGUGUCACUACAAUCGUGAGUGCUGAAUUUGUAAAGUGUGCACGAUGCCACCCAAAUUUACGUUCCUAAACACUGAAGAUGUAAUAUCAUAAAUUUUCAACAACAGUAUUGCCAUAUCAUCCUUCAUCCUAGCGUAUUAGUUGCUACACGCACUCGAAUCUUGAUUUUCCAUGAUGUUAACAAAAGUUCACAUUAGUUGUUCCGAUGGUGAAAUGAGUGACACGAAGAGAAAGAAUUUUUGUUUGAAGUUGUCUUUAUAUAAUCAUUACAUGUCCGAUGGUUUGCGCGUUCUAAGGAUUCGUUGAAAUGCAAAAACGCCUCGUGAACAACAGACAAUCUUGGUGAUUCUGAGGCUCAGCCGAACUUCACAUGGUUGUGUUAAUAUGAUCCUUUAAAAGCCAAACUAAAAUACACAUACAUCAUUUAUAUGUAUAUAAUUAACAGACGUUUUCGACUAGAAAAUUUUCAUAUCAGAUAUGUUAUGAAAAAACAACAUGUACAUUUUUUUUCUUGUUUGAGCAACUUAAUUUUGCCAAAAGUAAACACGAAAAGAUAAAAAUGUGCCACGAAAUGAUUUUAAAUAGUGUAAUAAGAGCAACUGAACAAUUAAGAAAUUAAUUAUCCUGUUCUUUGUAGGCUUGGAAAACAAUGAUGAACAUAAGUUUUAAAUAUUUUUUCUAAGUGUUUUUGUUUUCUGUAACCAUAAAUUUUAAUCAAGACUUGUCUGAGUAUCUUACCAUCGAAUGGACCUGAUGUUUUCAUUCAUGUUGAAUCCAUUCUACAUAAAUUGAGUUGUAGUUUUUCUUGGAAAUAUAGAAAGUGAGUAUCGGCAAAUUUCAAGGAAUUAAUUUAAUUUUUUUAUAUAUUUUUAUAAUAGUAUAUAAACAAAAACGUUUGCUACAUCAAACCGAAACCUGGUGAUGUUUACUUGAAUGUUGGUAAACGCUAGAAUUUUUCUUCUGUUAACGAAUCUUAAAAACAUAUUUUUUUUUUUUACAUGCACAUAGUGUAUUUUCACCUCAGGUUUAUGGUAGAUGUCGUACAUGUUAUGUUGUCCAUUUGUUUGUUUGUGAUAUUAACAUGAUCUUUAAAUUACUUAUGUCAUUAAGGUGACGUCAGUUAUUCGUUGAGCGGUUGAGGGUAUAAAAAUUUAAUCAAGGCAUAACUACAGAAAAAUGUUUAUCUCUUCACCCAGAAAGGUCAGUGAAAACGUUAAGAUCAAUUUUAAACAUCAGUUGCGAAACACUAUAGUAGAGCAUUUAUGGCAGAUAGGCUAUGAAAACAAUCUUGUUUCAAAAUAACUGUCGUUAAAUCGUAUAAAUAGUUCUAUUUAAAAAAAAACCUUCCAUACAGUCCUUAUGAUAAAUAAAGUCACACAACAUAUAUAUAAAAAUAAUCAGUUACGAUACAGUCAGAUAACGAUAAAGGUUGAUAAGUUGAAGCACUAUCAGAAUUACAGAUAAACCAUAAUCACGCCAGUUCUAUUAUAGAAAACUGCCCACAAGCCAGUAUGUUGUAUACAUACAAUGUUAUGUUCAAAAAUGUCGUACAUUAGCCAGUAUUAUUAAGAACUUCUGAUCAAAAGUAAGCUAACUAUCAAAUAAACGUUCCAUUGAAAGAAAAUAGAAGAAAAAAAUGAUGUGGGAACACAAAAACAAAUCAAUUAAAAAUUGGUGAACUUGUUAGGAAAAACAAAACUCUUUCGUUUUAUAAACUGUCGUACACCUAAAUCAAAUAAAAUAAUUAGGAUCAUCAUGGCUAUAUUGUAAGAAAUAAGAUAAUGGCAGACGAACAUAAUCAUUACAAAUAAUGUAAAAGUAAAAUGACGUGGCUAAUUAAACUGUUAUUAAGUUUAACACAGAGCCAUAUCUUUAUUACCCGCUUAGUGUGUCAGUAUCAUCAGCCAUUUUGAAAGAUACAAAACUUGCGAAUCUGUUGUGAGAAAACAAUAUUUUACUCGAUGACGGAGAACGUUUGAGAAAAAGUUCCCAUUCUACACUCAAGUCUAAAUGUAUCAUAUUAAUGUGUUUCCUUACAAGCUCUAGUCCCUUAAAUCACUAGGUCAGUGUUUUAGUUUGAGCAAAUUCUUCCAUGGUUUUACAGGACAUUUUAGAAUAUCAUACUGCGCAC